AUGGGCGAAGACCGAGGUGAUGGCUCUUCAGCAGGGCUUCCACCGUUUGGAGCCCUGCCACAACAGCCCGCAGCUCAGAAUCGACCGCCUCAACCUGCACAAGUAUCCCACGACUCUUCGCGCAUGGCCGAUUGGGAUUGGCGGGAAAUAAACGAUGAGACGUUGUCGCAGUUGUGUGUGUUCCAUGUGCCGGAUAAACCGGUUCAGCACCAGGAUGCAAAAAAUCGAGCGAUCACCUCUCUACCGCUCAAUCUUACCAUCCGACCUUCAACUCAGGACCCUUCGCGCAUGGGUGUUUGGUCCGUCGAUUACAUUCCCCGUGGUGUUCGAUUCGGACCUCUGCUCGGAGAGGUAAAGAUGAAUGGAGCCGACUGCGCACCGAUCUGCCCGGCUGAAGCUUCCAGUGCUGGUGGUUCUUCUGGAAGUGGCCCUUCCACGCCUACUGCUCCCACCUCUUCACCGAAAGAAUGGAAGAUACCAUCUGUACUCCAUAACGGGGAAAGGGAUAUGACAACUUCUGGAACAUUGGUCAUGUCACCGUCUGGUGGAAGAGCACUGAAGACAAUUGUGGUCGAAGAUGAAAGUCGCUGCAAUUGGAUGAAGUUCGUCAAUGUUGCCGUCAGUAACGAAAUGCAAAACUUGGUGGCCUGCCAGAUGGAGAAAGACAUCUAUUUCUACUCUAUCCGCUCGAUAAAGCCAAACAGCGAACUGACCUUCUGGUUCAGUAAGGACUACGCUCAGAAAUUAAAUUAUCCGGUCUCGUGUGAAGCGACAAGGACGGCACCAAAGCGCAGCGCUCCUCCACCCCCACAACAGCCAUGGGCGAUGGAGGAUCGAGCCUCACCCCAAGAGGCGUUGGACUACAGCAUGAAACGUGAUGCAAUCGAAAGCAGCCGUAGUGAGAAGGCCGAUCGUGGCGAUAGCUCCGAUGUGGACGUCGGAGACGACGGCGAAUCCGAGAAGAGCAAUUCGAAUAGGUUUGUAAGAAUCCUAGGGGGACAUCGUCUUCAAUGCGACGAGUACAUGAAUUUACCGUUGCUUAGAAAAGAAUUCAGCAGUUCUCCUCCAUCGUUGGCAGAGGUGCAAACCCGUCCGAACGUCAUACAAAAUCCAGUCCAUCGUCCUGUCCCAACCCGCCUUACGUCUCUUCCAGCACCUGCUCCUGUCAGGCCUAGCCCUCUAAAUCCGCUUUCCUUGUUCCAGGACUACUUCAGGAGAACUCAACAACUGAGUGGGGGAGGGCUGUGGGUGCCUCAGUCAACACCGGCCGCAGCAGCCACUGCAGCCACUGCUGCAGCUACCAGAAUUACUGCAUCCGGGAGACCGAGCGAUGCUCAGCCAAUUCUCGCCGCCACUGCUGGCAGCGGAUUUGGCAAUUAUAAUGGGAUUUACGGAACUCAUGUGAGAUAUCUGGUGGUAUUGAAGAACUUUUUGGAAGUGAAGCCAAUCUUUUCGGCAGCAACUCCGGCUUUCACAGGUGGAAGCGUAUCGGCUCAUUUCGGUGGAGGAGGAGGAGGAGCCUCUUUUCCUGCCCCUCCGUUUCCAGCAUCAAGUACGCCUAAUCACAACGAGGGAUACGGCACUCCAAAAGUAACACUUGUUUACAUUCUUUCCCAGAAAAGCGAUAAGACCAAGUAUAUACAACAACAAGAAAACGGUAAGACUCGUUACGCUUGUAAGGAGUGUCACAAGACUUUUGGACAGCUUUCAAAUUUGAAGGUACAUGUCAGGACUCAUACUGGCGAACGUCCCUUCAAGUGCACGGUCUGCGGAAAGGAAUUCACCCAAUUGGCGCAUUUGCAAAAGCAUAAUCUCGUGCACACAGGAGAGCGUCCUCAUCGCUGCGACAUCUGCGACAAGCGUUUUUCAUCGACAUCGAACUUGAAAACACAUUUGCGACUUCACAACGGGCAAAAGCCGUAUGCUUGUGAUGUGUGCAGCGCCAAAUUCACUCAGUACGUCCACUUACGCCUCCACAAACGGUUGCACGCCAAUGAACGACCGUACGCCUGUAUGUCGUGUGGCAAGAAAUAUAUCAGCCCUUCUGGUCUUCGAACGCACUGGAAGACGACUACCUGUAAACCAGAUGAAAAAGAGAUGAAGAUGGAGAGAGAAGAUGAAGCCGUAUCGUCCACUACGCCAAUGUUGGCUGCACCGCCACCCUCAUCACAUCAGCAACCGUCCUCAUCACACAUGUCUGCUCCUUCUAUGUCUCUUCACCAUGAUCCAAACAUGAAGGUGGGUGUCUGA